ACUAACUCACGAGGCCUAAGACAUUUUAUUGUGACUGGAAAAAUGACAGAAAUGGUUGCUGUGGGAACUUGGGCUUUUUCUGAGGCUCCUGUGCUUAAAGCGUUGGAGGUAAUGUCACAGGGAGGAUCAUCCAUCGAUGCUGUUGAAACAGGAAUCAACUUGGCAGAAACAGAUAUGUCUUAUGGCAAGUAUCAUAUUGGUUGUGGUGGUUGGCAGAAUAGUGAAAAUGUUCUUCAACUGGAUGCAGCAAUCAUGGAUGGAAAAGAUUUAAAUUUUGGUUCUGUAACAGCAUUGGAAGGGUUCUCAAAAGCUGUUUCUGUAGCCCGCAGAGUGAUGUCACACAGCCCACAUAGUAUGUUAUCCGGAGAUGGAGCAGCAGUGUUUGCUCAAUCUCAAGGGUUUAAACAUGAACCUAAUCUAGGCACUCCAUGUCCCAAACUUCAGACUCAAUCACCAGGUCAUGAUACACUUGGCUUAUUAGCAAUGGAUGUCACUGGAAACUUGUGUGCAGGUGUUUCAACAAGUGGAAUGUCAGGGAAACACCCAGGUCGAGUUGGUGACAGUGCCUUACCUGGCUGUGGUCUGUAUGCUGACUCACUAUAUGGUGCAGCCUGUUGCUCAGGUGAUGGAGACAAAAUUUUGAGGUUUUGUCCAGCAUACAAAGUGGUUGAUUUAUUAAAACAGGGGCAUGACCCAAUGAAUGCCUGCCAAAUUGUGGCUAGAGAAAUAAUCAAGAGACGAAGUUUAACUGAUAAUUUUGAAAUGGUCAUCAUAGCAUUAGAUUGUAAGGGCCAAGUGGGAGCAGCUAAUGUUGGAGUACAUUCAUGGACAGAUCCAGGCUCUGGCCAGUUAUAUCUUGGAUUUCCUUAUGUGGUGUCUAGAGUUGACCAACUAGAGAGAGCUGUUAUCAAUGUUGUCCCAGCUUAUUUUUAGUAGUCGUUUAUGUCAGUAAACAAUGCUCAUUCUUGUGCACUUGAUAUAGCAAGAGAUGCAUCAUCUCCUUAUUAUAUUAAACAUAAUAAUAAGAUCUUAUUUUUUUUAAACACAGUUUGGAUAGAAAAUACAAAUAUGUCAAUUCUUGGUCAGAAGAGGAGUUAAGAGAAUAUCACAUAGCCUCACUGAAGUGUAGCUAUCCAAUGUUAUUUUCAUGCACAUUUACAGUGUACAUGAUUUAAAAAAAUAAAUGAUUAUUAACUUGUUGAAACAUGUAGACUUUACACUUCAAUGAUGAGUUACUUAGCUGUUAUUCAACUAAACUUGUAUUAACUUUCAAAAAAAAAAGAGAAUAAUGCUAAGGCCACAGUUUAAUGAUGACUUUCCAAAGAAGAUAACACUUUAAAAAAUAUUAACUUUUUGGACUCUUAAAAGUAUGUCACUAAGUAACUCUGACACAGUACUCAUUAGUUAAUUCUUUUUUAAAAAUUAUCUUUAUUAGUUUUUACUAAAUGUGAUUUCUUGGGUUAUCUAGGGUAGUAUACAAUUGUAAGUUCUGGUUGUAUUCAAUGUAAGCAAAGAAACACAUUCCAUUCAAAAUGUAUUUGUAGCAUUUCAUUUCAAGCUGGACUUUACUAAGACUUUAGGUUGGCACGUUCUUACAGAUUUGAAGAUCUGGCAGCCAGCCAUGUAGUGGGUUUGUGAUCUAUCACGUUUCAUUGAAAGUAAAUUAUUAAAUAAGUAACCAAAUACUAACUGACAAAGACGUAUUGGACAAACUUAAAUAAAUACACUUACAAAAGAUGAA